AUGGAUUCCACAUCCAACGCUAGCGUUCUGAGUAUAACAGAGGUGGAAAUACAGCAAGUCGUGGAGCGAUAUAUCCUGGAGAAACAAGGAAAAUGUCCCUCAAAGCUACGAAUUCUUUCUCACCACGCGAAACGUUUGAGCGCUGAGGGUGAGCCUGUCGGAUAUUUAGGCGAUCAUUACUUUCUUAACAUUGUGCUCCGAAAAGAGUCUACAGAAGAGCAAACCAUCAGCUUCUUCGUUAAGAUAUUGCCCGAACAUGUGCCAAAACUUGCCGACUACGUACAGGAAAUGGGUUGCUUUCAGAAAGAAAUUCGGCUCUACACCGGUUUGCUACCGAGACUUCAGGAUGUAAUGACGGGGACGAUGCCCUUCGCUCCUAGAGCGUAUUACAGCCGAGGUGAAAAGUUGCUUAUUUCCGAAAAUCUUCAAGCUAAAGGCUAUAAAAUGGUACAAAGUAACAGGAUUUUACUAGAUUACCAACACUUGAAAGUAGCCCUGGAGGCGGUCGCCAAAUUGCACGCCGCUUCGUUGGUGCUUGAAAACCAAACGAAGCAAUGUGUUACAAAACAAUAUCCUGGCGUUUUGGACGAAAAUGCGUACGUAGAUGAUGGUAAUUAUGUGCGGAAAAUAAAUCUGGAUAAUGCAAUCGACGCCAUGUGUGAAUUGAUAAAGCGGAUAGGAAAGUACCAAAAAUCCGAUAAACUAGGAUUUAUCUUAGAAAAAUUUCCGCGAGUGAUAAGGAAAAUCUAUCUUUUUGCGAAACCAUCGAGUGUUUAUAGAAAUGUUGUCAAUCACGGCGACCUGUGGAGUAACAACAUAAUGUUUUUGUAUGACACAGUUAAGUCAUCUGCUGUGAACAGUGGUGAAGGUUCACCCCAACCAACUUCUGCCAUUUUGCUUGAUUAUCAACUUUCACGUUACGCACCGCCUGCUCUGGACGUUCUGACUUUGAUCAUGCUGGGUUGCAUGGGGGAAUUUCGAACCAGACACCUGCACAGCUUACUUGACGCCUACUACACUGCUUUAUCAGCAAACGUGACGGCCCAUAACCUAAACAUGGAACGUAUUCUGUCACGCAAAGAAUUCGAGACAUCCUGCGAGUACUACCACCUAGCGGGACUGAUAGAGAACGUCCUCUUCAGCCAUCUGAUUCUGAUUCCGGCCGAGCUGGUUAAACCGUUGAUGGGUUCAUCCGAAUCGUUCGAUGACUUUAUUCGUAAUGGCACGGCAAAGGUGCAGCUGUGUGUCAAAUCGUUCGAACAGGACGAAACAUUCCGCGUACGUCUUACCGAUGGGCUGUCGGCGAUAAUCGACAGAUACAUUCUCUGA